UUAGAAGACAUAAGCUUCUCUAAGUCUUCAUUCUCUGCUGCAGCCUGUAAACUAGGGUUUUUGUUACCGAUAAGCUAUCCUCGUUGAGUUCUGCGUCUUGGUAAUCCUCAGUCAUGGCGGAGCAGACAGAGAAGGCGUUUUUGAAGCAGCCAGGUGUCUUUCUAAGCUCUAAGAAGACGGGGAAGGGAAAGAGGCCAGGAAAGGGAGGUAAUCGAUACUUUAAAAGUAUUGGUUUAGGAUUCAAGACUCCUCGUGAGGCUACUGAAGGUACAUACAUUGACAAGAAAUGUCCAUUCACUGGCAAUGUUUCUAUCCGAGGUCGUAUCCUUGCUGGUACAUGCCACAGUGCUAAGAUGAAUAGAACCAUCAUCGUUCGUCGCAAUUACCUACAUUAUGUCAAGAAUUAUUUCAGAUACGAGAAGAGGCACUCAAAUAUCCCAGCUCACAUAUCACCAUGCUUCCGUGUGAAAGAGGGAGAUCAUGUUACUAUUGGACAGUGCAGGCCUUUAUCCAAAACCGUGAGGUUCAAUGUCUUAAAGGUGAUUCCAGCUGGUUCUGGUGGUGGAGGGAAAAAAGCUUUUACCGGAAUGUGAGCUUGAUGCUUCCAUUUUAAUUGUUACUUCUAGGAAUGAUGUCCAUACUUCUAUCCCUUUACGGGAAUGUUGUCUUCGUUGAUUUUCCUUUGAGCCUCAAGUUUUGAAACUUAAAUGCUAGCAGCAAGUUUUUUUUCCCUAUGGAUCUGUUGGUUCUUUGCCACAAUCAAAAACUUCAAUACCAUUCUCAAUGUUCUAUAAAUGAGUGCAAAAUUUACUA